CAGGCAGAGGAGGCAGCGGCAGCAGCAGCAAAGCCAAACACAGUGCAACAUUUUACUAUUUAAUAAUUAACGACCAAAAAAACAGGAAAGAAAAUGGAAUCUAUUUUUUCAAAAUUUCAUUCAGUGGUCAUAAAUUCAUUAAUUUCCCAAAAGGUCCCAUCACCCAUAUUUCCUGGUCGCCAGUUACGCGUCAUCUCGCCCUUCUCUCCGAGUCGGACCUCCAUCUCCUUAACACUGAGGAUGGCUCACUCCACCCAAAAUCCAGUUCCUCAGCAGCAGAAAGUCAUUUUACCAAACAAACAUGGCGAAAAACUUGUGGGCUUAUUACAUGAUACUGGAUCUAAGGAGAUUGUUGUCUUAUGCCAUGGUUUUCGCUCCACUAAGGAAAAUGAAACCAUGGUGAACCUUGCUGUUGCAUUAGAAAAUGAAGGAAUCAGUGCUUUCCGUUUUGACUUUGCUGGAAAUGGAGAAAGUGAAGGUUCUUUUGCAUAUGGUAAUUAUUGGAGAGAGGCUGAUGAUUUACGUGCUGUAGUUGAACACUUCUCUGGAGCAAACCGUGUUGUAAGUGUGAUUCUUGGGCAUAGUAAAGGAGGGGAUGUGGUGCUCCUAUAUGCUUCAAAAUAUUGCAAUAUCCCUGCCGUAGUCAAUGUUUCUGGUCGUUAUGAUUUGAAUAAAGGCAUUGAGGAACGGUUUGGGAAAGACUUUAUGGAAAAGAUCAAGCAAGAAGGGUUCAUUGAUGUUAAGAACAAAACAGGAAGUCUUGAUUAUCGUGUGACUCUGGAAAGUUUGAUGGAUCGCCUGAAUACAGAUAUGCAUAAAGCAUGCACUCUGAUUGAUAAAGACUGCAGGGUCUUCACUGUCCAUGGAUCUGCUGAUGAAAUCAUUCCUGUGGAAGAUGCAUUAGAGUUUGCCAAGAUCAUACCUAAUCACAAGUUACAGAUCAUAGAAGGAGCUAAUCAUUCAUACACUUCACACCAAGCUGAGUUAGUCUCUGCUGUUUUGAACUUCAUAAAGGAAACCUUACAGCAGGACAAGGGUACCCCUAGCUAAGCGCCUAUGUUUGUGUCAAGAUAAAAGCAAGCCGUACAGCCAAUGGCUUUAUGAUGUAGGAGUUCAUGGUGGAAACCUCCAUAUGAUUUAUUGAGAGAUGUUUUAACAACGUAUUUAUUAUAUUGCAACAUAACCUUCACCGAGAAGGGUGGACUGGUAACUUGAUAUGGGCACAAUGUCUGCCAAAGAUCAAUUCGAUUGUCAUGAUUCAUGAAAAGUUCAAUCUAUCCAAGGUCUACAUGUUUUUAGAGCUGCGUUGGAAUGAGAACUAAUUCUUUUUUGUCAA